AUUUUUCUCGACGCAGCUGACGAUGUAAACAAGAAAAGACAGUCGAGGGCAACAGGGAUCAAAUAGGCCGGUGUCACCGCAAAUGAUAGCCACUAUAUGCUCAUAAACGGCUGACAUGGGGCUGCCUGUUACGAUUAAAGUAAAUUUCCGUGGGAACGUGAAGAGAUUUCUGGCUCAGGAUUUGGACAAACUGGAGUGGGAGUCCGUUGAAGCCUGGAUCAAAGCGUCUUUUGGGAUCAACCACUUUCAAAUCAAAUACUUUGAUGAGGAUAAUGAAGAGAUUUGUAUAAACAGUCAAGAUGAAUAUGAAGAAGCCAUCAAGAGUGCAGAGAAGCAGGGGAACCAGUUGCACAUGAACGUGUACAAGAUGAAGGGUCAGGCCUGUGGAGGCCCGCUGAAGACGGAGGUGAAGGAGCUGAAAGGAGACCUCCGGCCUGCUCCUCCGUAUCCAUCAAGGGUCAAAACGGUGGAUAAAGGCACACAGGUCACCCCGGAGCGAGAAGCUGUCACAGUAAAGGACAACAAGGGGAACAAGCCAGAAGAUGAACCACCUCCCAUGUGGUUUAGAUCGUACAUGGAGAAGUUUAAAGAUGAGGUGGUGAAAGAGGUGGUGGAAAGGAUGUGCAAUGACUUUUCUGGCCAGUGUUGUACCCACAAAUCACCGGAUGGGCCCCUUGAAGCCAGUGGCGGUCCUUUAGGGCCAGGGCCGGGCCCCUCCACCUCAAGUGGGUCCCUGGGCUACACCCCCAACUGCAGCAGCUGCAACAAACUCACCUCUGAAGGGGCCUACAAGUGCAGUGUUUGCCCGUCCUGCAUCCUGUGUGAGAUGUGCAGACACAGCCAUGACCCCAGCCACAACCUCGUGAGAACCAAGACACCUCUCUCCAUCCCUGAGCAUGGCAUGUCGGGAGAGUUGAGGUUCCCAAGGCGAGGAGACAUGACUGUGCGCAAGGCCGAGCGACAGCGCCUCAAAGCUGAAAGGAGGCAGCUCAGAGCUGAAGUGAAGGAAAUCAAGAAGAAACUGAGACUGGAGAAGAGGGGGCUGCAGUGGAGUGGGCCCUCUACCUCAGGCAGAGCCAACCUGACAAACAUGGCCUCCACGUCCACGCAGGUCCCAGCCCUGUCCCCCCCUGCUGCCACAGAAACUGCCUCAGGUCCAGCCCCAGCCCAAGGUCCCGUCCCUGCCCCGGCCCCUGAUCCCCAGACCUCCAGUCCAGAGGGUCCCGGGGUCUCGAACACGUCCUUGGUUCCUACUAUGGCUGCCUUGUUUCUGGAUGAAAAUCUGCCGGACGGCACCCGUCUGGAGCCUGCUACCAAGUUCAUCAAAUACUGGAAGAUGAGGAACUCGGGGACUAUCAGCUGGACCUCAGAGACUAAGCUAGUGUUCAUGUGGGGAAACCUCGGCCUGGCGUCAGAGGAGAGGAAGGAGGUGCCGGUCCCCUUGCUGCUGCCUGGACAAGUGGGAGUGGUCAGUGUGGCCUUUGUGGCCCCCGUGAUGGAGGGGACGUACACCUCCCACUGGCGGCUGGCGCACUGCGGCUGCCAGUUUGGACCCCGGGUCUGGUGCAGCAUCGUGGUCGACCUCGGUGACGGCCGGAACGCACCCGGGCAUCAGAGCAAACCACUGGCAAGUCUGAUAACCAAUGACACAAUGUACAACUGCAGAGAGAACGUUAACUGUUGGCAUGCACGGCUAGAUUUGCCAUUAUCUGUAACUAGUGCU